GGUAAGGCCUCAAUAAGAUGUAAGCUUUAGUUGCCUUUAACAACCUCAACACAAACAAUGGCAGCCAGAAUUACAAGUUCCUUAUCUCGGUUAACGCUAUUUACUCCUCCUAGUUAUGUUUGUUUAACACCACACAGUCGCAGCUACUAUACACCGAAGGACCCCAACUACAAGUAUUUUCGUCCCAAUUUUGCCUUCAAGCGAAAGCAUUAUAAUCCUAAAUUCAAAAAGGAUAGGUGGUUGAAGGUGACCAAAGUAGAGCUUCCAGAAAUAGAUACGAAAGAUGAUGUAGACAAAAUGACUCCUGAUGAGAUCCGUGCCAAAAUGAAGGAGAAGGGCAUUCAGCCUACACGUCCUUGGCAGGAAAAGCCUAUAGUAAUCUCAUCUACAGCAGGAACUUUUGAGCCGUAUGUUCCUCCUGAAGGUGAUGGAAAACUGUCUACAACAUCAAAAGCAGGAGCUAAGCAAAAGUUUCAGUUCUUGGAGAAAAAAGGCAAGUCCAUGAUGGCGAUUAGAAAAAUAAGACAGUAUGAUGAGGACUUUGAUCCCAAGGAUUUUGCAGAGGAAGCACAGAAAAUUUAUAUUGAUACUCAUAAGGCCUUAGCAGAUUUUGAUAAGGUACGACUCCACCAAACAGUGACUGAGCGAGCCUACCCUAUUGUUACCCACCAAGCACAUAGAAGUACUAUCAGAUGGCACUUCUUGGGUUCUCUGGAACCUCCACGUGUAGUGCAUGCCAGAUGUACCGACGUAAUUACUACUGAUAAUAUUUUUGCUCAAAUUACAGUUCGAUUCCAUACUAAACAGAUCCUAGCAGUAUAUGAUCGGUUUGGCCGCCUUCAGCAUGGCUCAGAAGUUGUGGCUCGUGAUGUGCUAGAGUAUGUGGUUUUUGAGAAACACAUUGCUAACACUUAUGGGAUUUGGCGUAUCCAUGACAAGAUUAUCCCAGACUGGAUGCCACCACGUCAGCCUACAUUAAAGACCUACAAAAUUGAAGAGAUAAAAGAGGAAGAAGAAGCUACUCCAUCAGACAAGGAGUCCAAGGAUGGUGUUGCAGCAGAAUUAGAGAAACCAUCAAUUUCUGUUGCACAUGCAUGAUCACCACGAUUAUUGAAAAUGUGAUUAUUUUAUAUUUUGAAAAUGUCAGUGAAAGAAAAUGUUUUAUCGCAGUAGAUUUGCAGUAUACAAUUUUUAACACUGUAGGCAAGUGAGAGCUUUUUAGUGCUAAUUAAUGAAAAUAGUCAACGUGUAGAUAAAAUAUGUAAAUUACAGUUAAAAAUAACUUAAAAGUUUUUAGUAUGUAGGCGUAAUACACAAUUAUUAUAAAAUGAAAGCAGUUAACAUGUGCAGUAGAUGACGUGCUCAGUGUUGUAAGUAAAAAUUUAGAAAAUUGGCUUUACGAUGCUACAGAAAUAAGCAUAUUUAAAUUUUUUUUUUUUUUUUUUUUCAACAAGUCGGCCGUCUCCCACCGAGGCAGGGUGACCCAAAAAAAGAAAGAAAAUCCCAAAAAAGAAAAUACUUUCAUCAUCAUUCAACACUUUCACCACACUCACACAUUAUCACUGCUUUUGCAGAGGUGCUCAGAAUACAACAGUUUAGAAGCAUAUACGUAUAAAGAUACACAACAUAUCCCUCCAAACUGCCAAUAUCCCAAACCCCUCCUUUAAAGUGCAGGCACUGUACUUCCCAUUUCCAGGACUCAAGUCCGACUAUAUGAAAAUAACCGGUUUCCCUGAAUCCCUUCACUAAAUAUUACCCUGCUCAUACUCCAACAGAUCGUCAGGUCCCAAGUAUCAUUCGUCUCCAUUCACUCCUAUCUAACACGCUCAUGCACGCUUGCUGGAAGUCCAAGCCCCUUGCCCACAAAACCUCCUUUACCCCCUCUUUCCAACCCUUUCGAGGACGACCCCUAUUUAAAAUAUGUUUGUAUAAAUACAGCCUCUCCUCACUUGACGAUGGAAUUCCACUCCUGAGACCACAUCAUUCAAUGAAUUCGUUGCUAAGUGAGGAGCAUACUAUAAUGGUAGUGACUUUGUGUCAACCAUCAUUGAUAUUGUUUCUAUGUCACCUUUGCACCAUUUAUAACAUUUCUGGUAUACAGUGGAACCUCUACUUGCGAGUUUUUCCAAAUACGAGCAGUCGAUGGGUCGAUUUUUUGCUUCCAUACGCGAGCAAAAUUUCCACAAGCGACCAGACCUCAAGGCAGGGUCCUUGACACUGGUGAGGGGCUCUUGCUCUUGAUAUCGGGAAUUGUAUCUCAUUUGUUUGUUGGACUAUCUUAUUGAAACUUGGGCAAUGUAUGAUGGAAAGAUGCUUCUUAACGUACACCAAAAAUGAAAGAAAUCUAAGCAUAAAUAAUGGAGUUCACUUCUCAGCAAUUAGCCACCCCUUAGUGGUAAUUUUGAAUGGUUUUUAUGGUUGUAUUCUCGUUUUUUUUUUGGUCUCAUUUGAUAGAAUGGAAGAUAUAUUACAGAAAUAGAUAUGAUUUUGAUUGCUUUCACGACAAAAAGUACCUUGAAAUAGAGCUCAACCUAGGAGAAAUGGUCCAUUGCUUGGCUGUUUCACUGUAAACAAAUGACGUCACAGUAAAUCUUAUAUUUUUUGUAAAUAAAAAUUACAAAUUAUUUAUAUAAUAAUAAUAAUAAUAAUAAUGAAAGAAAUCUAAGCAUAAAUAAUGGAGUUCACUUCUCAGCAAUUAGCCACCCCUUAGUGGUAGUUUUGAAUGGUUUUUAUGGUUGUAUUCUCGUUUUUUUGGUCUCAUUUGAUAGAAUGGAAGAUAUAUUACAGAAAUAGAUAUGAUUUUAAUUGCUUUCAUGACGAAAAGUGCCUUGAAAUUGAGCUCAACCUAGGAGAAAUGGUCCAUUGCUUGGCUGUUUCAGAGUAAACAGAUGACGUUACUGUCCAUUCCAAUAUGCAGUCGUGAAUGGGUUGACAUAUUUAUACAAUUAUUGCAAUGAGGAAUAACAGUAAAUCUUAUAUAUUUUGUGUGAAUAAAAAUUACAAAUAAUUCAUAUAUAAUAAUAAUAAUAAUAUGAAUAAUAACAAUAUGUAUAAUAAUAACAAUAAUAGUAUAAUACAAUAAUAAUAUAAUAUGUAUAAUAAUAAUAUUCUUUCUUUCAACACACCGGCCGUAUCCCACCGAGGCGGGGUGGCCCAAAAGGAAAAACGAAAGUUUCUCAUCUUACAUAUAGUAAUAUAUACAGGAGAAGAGGUUACUAGCCCCUUGCUCCCGGCAUUUUAGUCGCUUCUUAAAACACGCAUGGCUUACAGAGGAAGAAUUCUGUUCCACUUCCCCAUGGAGAUAAGAGGAAAUAAACAAGAAUAAGAACUAGAAAGAAAAUAGAAGAAAACCCAGAGGGGUGUGUAUAUAUGUGCUUGUACAUGUAUGUGUAGUGUGACCUAAGUGUAAAUAGAAGUAGCAAGACAUACCUGAAAUCUUGCAUGUUCGUGAGACAGAAAAAAGGACACCAACAAUCCUACCAUCAUGUAAAACAAUUACAGGCUUUCGUUUUACACUCACUUGGCAGGACGGUACACCUACCAUCCGACUUACGACCUGCUCGACUUACGACCACUCGACUUACGACCGUGUUUUUUAUGCCAAAUUUCUGGGAAACAAACAACUAUUUGUGUUGUACACAGUGUUUAUCCUAAACCUUACAGUAUAAAAUACAGUACUAACAGCAUAAAAAGUAAAGUAAAACAUGAAAUACCAAAAUAAAACAAAAUAAAGUCAUUACAAAAAUGUUUUGUUGAUAUUCAGUAGUAAAGUUCGACUUACGACCGGUUUCUCGGAACCGAACUCGGUCGUAAGUCGGAUGGUAGGUGUAGUAUCUCCCUGGGCAGUUGCUGUCUACCAACCUACUACCUAUGUAUAAUAAUACAUAUAUAAUAAUAAUGUACUACAUAUAAUAAUUAUAAUAAUAGACGGCUUCAAAAGGCCAUCACUAGAUGGCAGUGUUUACCACAACAAAGAGGGAGCAGUUGUGGCCGCCUCCACCUGUUACAUAAUGACAUUUUAUUCAUUCUAGAGUAUAUAUCGUGUUUCUAUGUUAUAUUGUCUGUUAUGUCAUAUUAGAUGAACUGUGAUAUAUAAAUAAGCCGUAUAGAUGAUACUAGCGAAAUUAUUCAUGAAGUAUUUUGCCCGGUGUCCAGACAAAAUCUCCUCCACCGCCCAUACCACUACAUGAAUGACAUAUUUCAUUCAUUUUAGAGUAUAUAUUAGGUUUCUAUGUUAUUUAUAUUGUUUAUUAUGUCAUAUUAGAUGAAGUGAGAUAGAUAAAUAAGCCGUAGAGUUGAUAUUAGCGAAAUUAUUGAAGUACAGAAUUCCACUGGAAUGGAUUAAUUGCAUUUCAGUUAAUUUAAAUGAGGAAAAUUGACUCUGCAAACGAGCAAAUCCAGUUGCGAGCAAGGUCAUGGAACGGAUUAAACUCGCAAGUAGAGGUUCCACUGUAUUUUUAAAUGUGUAUACAGUAGUGUACUGUAUAUUGAAAUAAACAGAAUAGAAGAAAUUAACUCUAAUAUACAUUAUUUAGGUAUGAAUACUGGUCAGAGUGCCCAUUGUAAGUCUGAGGCAUCGGUAAACGAGUACGUCACUAAGUGAGGAGAGGCUUUAGUAUGAAUAAUGGUGGAAGAUAGGAAUAAAGAUAUAAUUCAGAACAAACAUGUUAAAAAUAAAGACUUGCUCGGGUAUAUGUCAACUUGUUACCUCAGUCACCAAUGACUGAGGAUGUUUAAUCCCAUUUUGGAACAAUAAAGAUCACACCAAGGUGACAGUUUUA